GAGGAAAAUAUAUUUGGUUAGGUUAGAGUGCCCGCAAUUGCGAAAUGCCCAUUUUAAAUUAGAAUUGAAAAAUAUUUAAUAAGUGUAAUAAUGGUGCGUAACUGUAAUGUAUGUAGGAAAACUGGAUAUUUACAUCCAGAACUGUCAUUUCAUCUGUUCCCAGUCAAGAAUGAUAGGCUACUGGAUAUGUGGUUGUCUAUUUUCGGCUUAAAUAAAGAACAAAUAACCAAAACUACUAAGGCCUGCUCAGAACACUUUAGAAAGCAUGACCUAAUUAUAAAACCAAGUGGACGGAUUUUUUUGAGGAAAGGAGCUGUUCCAAUAAAUAUUUGUCAUAAAUCACCAGAACCAAGAAUAAAGAAUUUUGGAUUUUCACUUUCUGGCUAUAAAAUUAUUGAAGUACAUAAAAUGAAGUUUAAUCAAAUGGAAGUAAAACAAGAAAUCAGCGAAGAAACUUGUAAAGUAGAAAUAAAGUACAAUAAGUUGGAUAAUGCUCUUUUGGAUGGCUUUAAAUAUGAAAUUAACCAGGAAUCCAAUAGGCAAAGUACACAUGACACUUCUGAUUAUUUAGAUUUAAAAGAAUGUCCUAUAAAUACUGAAAUAAAACAACAUGGAAAUAGACUGAUCCCAUUUGAAGACAAUCUAAAAACUGAAAAAGGACUAGGACAUGCGAGAGAAUUACGACCCACAGAAAAAGAUCAAUCAAAUGAAAUGGAAGUAAAACAAGAAAUCAGUGAAGAAACUUGUAAAGUAGAAAUAGAGUACAAUCAGUUGGAUGAUGCUCUUUUGGAUGGCUUUAAAUAUGAAAUUAACCAGGAAUCCAAUAGGCAAAGUACACAUGACACUUCUGAUUAUUUAGAUUUAAAAGAAUGUCCUAUAAAUACUGAAAUAAAACAACAUGGAAAUAGACUGAUCCCAUUUGAAGACAAUCUAAAAACUGAAAAAGGACUAGGAUAUGCGAGACAAUUACAACCCACAGAAAAAGAUCAAUCAAAUGAAAUGGAAGUAAAACAAGAAAUCAGUGAAGAAACUUGUAAAGUAGAAAUAGAGUACAAUCAGUUGGAUGAUGCUCUUUUGGAUGGCUUUAAAUAUGAAUUUAACUAGGAAUCCAAUAGGCAAAGCACACAUGACACUUCUGAUUUUAGACUUAAAGGAAUGUCCCAUAAAAGCUGAAAUAAAACAACACGGAAAUAAACUUAUCCCAUUUGAAGACAAUCUAAAAACUGAAAAAGGUUAUCUCCAAGAGGAAAACAAAAUAGAAAUUAUGGAGACAUUAAUUGAACAUUCAUCUUAUGAAGAAAAUUAUAUGACGACAAAAUGAUGAAGCAAAAACAUUACAUCAAAAUAUGAAAAUUGUGAUUGGACAAAGAUCAUACAAGUGCAAAAUUUGUUCUAAACAGUUUAGCCAAGCAAGUCAUUUGAAAUCACAUUCGAGAGUUCACACUGAAGAAAAAUCUUACAAGUGUGAGAUUUGUUUUAAAGAGUUUAGUCAAGCAAGUCAUUUGAAAACACAUUUGAGAGUGCACACUGGGAAAAAGCCUUACAAGUGUGAAAUAUGUUUUAAGCAGUUUAGUCAAGCAGGUACUUUAAAAACACAUUCUAGAAUACACACUAGAGAAACACAUUACAAGUGUGUGAUUUGUUUUAAGCAGUUUUCUCAGAAAUAUCAUAUGGAAAGUCAUUUGAUAGUGCACACUGCAAAAAAAUCAUACGAGUGUAAACUUUGUCUUAAACGAUUUAGUAAUACAAGUCAUUUGAAAACUCAUUCGAGAGUACACACUGGAGAAAAGCCUUAUAAGUGUGAAAUAUGCUUUAAGCCGUUUUCUCAGUCAAUCCAUUUAAAGCUACAUAUGAGAUUGCACACUGGAGAAAAACCUUACAAGUGUGAAAUUUGUUUUUAAGCAGUGUUCUCAAUCAAGUGAUUUAAAAAGACACUUGAAAACACACGCUAGAGAAAAACCUUACCAGUGUGAGAUUUGUUUUAAGCAAUUUAGUGAAGCGAGUACUUUGAAAACACAUUUGAGAGUACACACUGGAAAAAAAACUCAUGAGUGAGAGAAUUUUGUAUUAAGCAAUUUAUCAGAAUCAGAAUAAAAAUUGAAUUAAUUUUUUUUUAAAUAAUAAAGAUAUAUUCACCU